GAGAGAGAGAGAGACAUCGAGAGAGAAAGAACAGGGAGGUGGAGAACUCUUUUUCUCAGCUGGUUUGCCUGCCUGUCCCGCCUUGAACUCUCGCAUUACCAUGACUACAACAUCCGAGAAUUUGGUGAAAGAAAGCACAGCGGCAGAGUGAAAGUGGAAGGCAAGAAUCUCUUUCCUUUUUUUCCUAAGUGGAAAAGAGAGAGAGAGAGAGAGAGAGAGAGAGAGCAGAGGGAGGGAAGAGACAGAAAAUAGAGUAAGAAAGAGAGCUUGUCAAAGUGUACACAAAAUACAGGCACAAGGUGACACAGGAGGAGCUGAGGAGGGAGAAGAGAGGAGAGGAGGAGAAAGAAGAGGAGAGGAGGAGGAAGAAGAGGAGAGGAAUAAGUGAAGGACUGAGAGAGAGCUGGCCAUGGGUCUGUGCGCUGUGCUGCUCAUCUGUCUGUCCCAGGCAGAGCUAGCCAGAGUCUGGAGUCAAGAUCUAUCAGGUUCACUAUAUGGACAAUCAGAUGUACAGAGAGUCAGGAGAGAUCAGCAGGACUCAAGCCGGAGUAUACAGAACAGAUCAGGUCAGGAGGCAAACGGAGGAGGCCUCGCCAUCGACACACUACCCGACAACAUGACCAAAGUGGUGGAGGAUGCUCAAAAGUAUUACUCAUGGCGUAGCUUUGGCCCUAGUGACAGACAAUCUCAGGAACUCUGGGUGGACCUGAAUUCAGUCCUGGAAGGUCAAGUCAGGGUGCAUGGCAUCCUGUCCAACACACAUCGACAGGCAGCAAGGGUGGCUCUUUCCUUUGACUUCCCCUUCUAUGGACAUCAAGUGAGGCAAAUCACCAUAGCAACUGGAGGGUUCAUUUUCACUGGAGACAUUACACAUCGCAUGCUGACGGCCACCCAGUACAUUGCGCCGCUCAUGGCCAACUUUGACCCCAGUUUUUCCAGGAAUUCCACCGUGUGCUACCUGGACAAUGGUGAGGUGUUUGUUGUGCAGUGGGAUAAGGUGAGGCUACAGGGCAGGGAGGCAGAGGGAGCUUUCACUUUCCAAGCCGCUCUUCACCGCAAUGGGACCAUUGUUUUUGGCUACAAAGACGUGCCUUUACCGGUGGUAAAGAUCAACUCUACUGAGCACCCAGUGAAGGUUGGUCUGUCUGAUGCCUUCAUGGCCUUUAUUUCUUCCCCACAAUCCCCAGCAGAAUCAAAAAGGAGGACGAUCUACGAAUAUCAUCGGGUUGAAGUCAACACCACUGAGAUCGUAAACCACUCUGCAUUUGUGUUCAGCCCGUUACCCACCUGCCUCCAACAUACCAACUGUGACCAGUGUCUCCACUCCAACCUCACCACGGGCUGCGGCUGGUGCAACAUCCUACAGAGGUGUUCAGAUGGGAUAGACCGACAUAGACAGGAAUGGCUUGAAUUCAGCUGCUCAGAGGAGGCAAAGGACAGCACAUGUGAAGAUUACACUCAGGGAGAUACAGACAGUUCGAUGAGUCCAUUCAGCUCCCUUGUUCCUGCCGCUACACCGUCCCCUGCAGCUAAGCCAGGCAGCCCUGUCACUGAGGAUAAUGGUUCUCCUGGUGAGGAGGAGCCUCCAGAACACACUGCAAUUAUUGCGGGUGUAGUGGCAGCCCUGGUCCUACUAGUCUUCUUGACCCUGCUGGCUGUGUACUAUAUAAACACACACCCCACUGUUGCCCCUCCAUUCUACCUCAUGCAGCGCCGAACCAAUAACUAUUGGCCAUCAAUGAAAUUUCGCAAUCAGGGUUGCCAUUCCAGCUACGCUGAGGUUGAACUUGGAUUUCAUGAAAAGGAUGGCUUUAUUGAGGCAGAGCAGUGCUGAGGAGGCGGGACUUCCUCUACAAAUGGGGCCGAUUAAUCUCAGUUUUUUGGUAAAAGUUCAAACACACACACAAAAAAAAAGACAAUGGGGGGCUGUUAACCACCACAUGAAUGGACACCAGAGACUGUGGAUAGUUACCUUGCAAGCUUUUUCUGCCUCCAUAGAUUUGACAGUCCUUCCUGCAACACCUCUUGUGCUAUUUGUUUAUUCCUUUUAUUAAGGAACAGGCAAUGUUAAUGGCAAAUGUGCUAGCCACACUCUUGGUAAAGGUGGUGAGAGUGGCACAUGCAUUAACCAUGAAGAGUCCUGCAGUUAGUGUACAGUACAAUACAACUUUGUAGAAUUUCAUUAAAAAAAAAGAUGUUUUGUGUUUUAUAAUAUGUUCAAUGAGGGAAAAAAAAUAAUACUCAGUUAGCCACAUGGACUGGACUGCACUUUACAUGAAUUAUCUCAGUAGUAAUAGUGAUAUGAUGUGAUCUAAUUUUUUGACCUUUUUUUACACACACAUAUAUAUAUAUAUAUAUAUAUUUUGUGCCCUAGGAUCAAGUUUCAGGUAUCAGUAUUGCAAGAAUAUCACCUUCCUCAACAUUAAAAAAACCAUAUUUGUUUUUUCAAGAGGCAGUUUGUAUCUUUUAGAGCAUUCUACUGCCUGUGAGGUGAAUUGCAAUGAUACACUGACAAGCAUAAAUUAUAAACAGAUUCUCUCCCUAGCUUACCAUAGCCUCUCUGUGAAAUUAUGCACUCUUUCUUUCUUUUUUUUUUUAAGGAAAAGAGACAUAGCUGAGCAGCUCUGUUCCAGCUGGGGGCAGAGCUGGUUUCUGCAUUUAAAAAGUGUGAAAAGAAGCCUGAAAUUAAACAACAAGCAAUAUUGGAUUUUCUUUAUAAUACCUUUGAAAUUAUAUGGUUAUUAUACAGAGAUAGGGACUCAAGUCAGGCACUCGGAUUUGAGUUGCACUUGAGUUUGAGUUACACACUGAUUGACUCAUGACUUCAUUUGGAUUUGAGACAGAACACUUAUGAAAUUCCAGCUUGGAUAAUAACAUGAUCACAAGCACUAAUAAUUUAGGAUUUAAGACAUGACUCAGAAUUCAGCUGAGAGACUUAUGAGUUGGCUUAGACUUGCAGCUCAGUGACUUGAGACUUAAUAGACUUUAGCUCAGAGAUUUGAAACUUGACUAAUGCUGGCCAUACACCAAAACAGUUUUCAAGUGAUUUCACUGUUGCAGAUAAAUUUCCCUUGUCAGAAUAAAUCAUGACAGUUUUGCUAGAGUUGGAGCACGCUCCCGUCACCUUAAUUAUUUGGUGUAAGGUGGUCAGGAUAGCUGUCUUAAGUCAGUCUUUUUCUCAUCUUGACAUUCCAAUAAAAUCGAUCAUGUUUAAUAUUAUAUUUCACUUGGCUCAUGCAAAUAGUGACAACACAAAAGCCCCAGUCUUUGCAAAAUCGUAAAUAAUCACUUGAAAAGUAGUUUGUUGUAAGGCCGACAUAACUCUGUGACAAAUGACACAUUGUCUUUAGAUGUGACAGGGUGUCAGAUUUUAAUCUUUUAAAAGAUUUUUCAGAGUCUUUUCAAAGUCUUCUUGAGUAUGCUUAGCAUAAGUCUUACAGCUCAGAGACUUGAGACUUGACUUGCACUUGCAGCUCGGAGACUUGUGACUUGAUUCAGACUUGCAAAAAUGACUUGUGAUGUAACUCUGACUUGCAAAAAGUGACUUGCAAGUAUCUCUGUUAAAGGUUGGGAAACUUUUAAAGAUCAUAAGCAUGCACCUUUACAAGAAAUUAAAGAUUUCAUUCCCCAAGAAUGAUGAGUAUCCUUCUGAAAAAUAUAAAUGGAAUCCAAAUCCAGUCAGGGAAAUGGUUUGAAAUUACUGUCUAACAUAUUACUGUUCUGGCAUAACUCAUAUGCAAGCACUAAUUGUUACAAUUUGAAAUUGUAAUUGCAUGUCAGAUGUUUGAUACAAAGUUCUUAUUUUGACAAAGAAAAGGGCAAAACUGGUACAUUGUUGUUGAGGGUUAAAAUUGCAUUAAAAUGUCAUUUUGAAUAUUAAAGUGUGCUUUUAGUGAACUAAUAAAGUGAAAAUACUGUUUUGAAAA